AUGUUGAGGACCCGCGAUCCCAGUGGCUCCUCCACGCCCAAUACUACUUCGGUUCAGGUCGCCGUUCGAAUCCGCCCCGUCACCAACGCAGAUCAGUCCAACAUCCCGCCAAGAUGGCAAAAGUCGAUCCUCUCCGCUACCUCCAAUACCAGUGUCACCGUCGAACCAGGCUCGGCUCCUCCAGCUGGUGCCGGUGCCGGUGCCGGUGCCAGUACCGCCUCCUCCUCGGCUGCCUCUCGCGACAAGCGCCAGGCAUUCAGCUUUGACCGCGUCUUUUCCCCCGCAGACGGCCAGUCAGAGAUCUUUUCAGUAGCAGAACCCUUGAUCGACCGCUUCAUCGAGGGCUACAACGUCACCAUUCUCGCUUAUGGACAAACUUCUAGCGGAAAAUCGUACACCAUGGGAACCGCCGCCAACGAUGACGUCGACUACGAAGCUCUCGUCGCAGGUCGCUCUCCCGAUCCACAGAUGGGCAUCAUCCCUCGCGCCGUCGCUCGCAUCUUUUCCGCUAUGCGCCAAACCAAGUCUUCCACCACUCAGUACACCGCCAAGGUCAGCUUCAUCGAGAUCUACAAUGAGGACCUCAUCGACCUGCUUGGCGAUGCCGUCGAUGGCGACGCUAGACCCCACGUUCAGAUUCGCGAGGGCAAGAACGGCCAGAUCAUCUGGAGCGGCUUGCGCGAAGUCAAGGUCGCCAACGUCGCUCAAGUCAUGACCUACCUCCUUCAGGGCAGCUCCGUGCGCAGGACCAACGAGACCGACAUGAACGCCCAAUCCUCCCGUUCGCACGCCAUCUUCUCCAUCACCCUCACUCAGAAAAAAUGGGUCGGAUCCGGUCCACCUCCUAGCGCGGCGCCUCCCUCCAGCUUCGGUGGUCGAUCCACCCCCGCCGCAAGGUCUGUCUCGAGUCUAUCUCGUGCCUCGGGCAUCCCCGUGGCCGGUCGUGUCGCUUCGCCUUCGUUGGGCCGCAGAACGCCCAGCGGCAUUCCUGCUCUCGGCGGCCGUAACUCUUCCAUCUCACUUCGUCCGGCCAGUGGGCACGGCGAUGUCGCCGACGAGUCCACCAGUAGCUCCUCAGCCGACGGCGAGUGGGUCACAGUGAGCAGCAAGUUCCACUUUGUCGACCUCGCCGGUUCCGAGCGGCUCAAGCGUACUGCAGCUCAGGGUGAGCGUGUCAAGGAGGGCAUCUCGAUCAACUCGGGUCUCCAUGCGCUCGGCAACGUCAUCUCGGCGCUCGGCGAUCCUGCAAAGGCCAAGCGUGCCACCCACAUCCCUUAUCGCGACAGCAAGCUCACGCGCCUGCUCCAAGACAGCCUCGGUGGCAAUGCACAUACACUCAUGAUCGCCUGCGUUUCGCCCACCGAAUACAACGUCAGUGAGACCGUCAACACCCUGCAGUACGCUAACCGCGCACGCAACAUCAAGAACAAGGCCGAACUCAACGAGGUCGAGGUAGGCUGGGACGACGUCGACUACCUCCAGACGCUCGUCCAACGCCUUCGCAAGGAACUCAGCAUCAUCAAAGCCGUCAGCAAGGGCACCGUCGACCUCGACAACCCUCGCAACAAGGAUGCCACCCGCACCGCCCAACGCGAGAUCCUCGCCUGGCAGGACAAGUACGCUGCCCUCAGCCAAAAGCACAGCCAGCUCACCGCAGAGGUCACCAAGCUGCGCACAGAGCUCGACCCCUCAAAGCAGGGCGACACCGAAGACGACUUUUUCCGCGCCGCCGAGCCCAUCAUUGUCGAAUACGAAAAGUCCAUCGAUGCUCUCGAGGGUCAGCUCAAUCUCACCAAAGCAGCGCUCGCCUACGUCGAAGACAUCGCCAACGAGCGUGAGGCCCAAAUCGAGCAGCAGUCCAGCCAGCUCGACAUCAUUGGCGCAGAGCUCGACGAGAAAGAGGCCACUGUAGCCGAACUGCAGUCACGUCUCAGUAAACUCCAAGAACGCGAGUUGUCUGCCAACGUCUAUGCACGCGAGCUAGAAGCUAGAAUCGAGACCAUCGGCGCGCGCGGAGAUACCGAUUCCGCCGUUCUGGCCGAGCUGCAUAAGGAGAUCGCGCGUCUCAAACAGGUCGAGACCUCAUCCGAGCAGUACAUUCGCGACCUCGAGGCCAAGCUGGCUUCCUCGGACGAGUCGGUAGCCACCUUGUCUCGAAAAAUUGCACAGAUCGAGACGAGUCUCGAGUCACGCGAUCAAGACUACCGCAACUUGUUGUCACGCUUCGAGCUGCUCGACAAUGGCCAAGAGACCCGCGCCAUGGCUGCCGAGCUCGAGGCUAAGACCAGCGAUGUCCGUCAGCUCGAGGCUCGUCUUGCAGACGCCACCUCCAAGCACCAAGAUCUCGCUGUGCGCUUCGACAGCCUUACAGCGCAGCACGAGCAGCUCUCCAAGGUCAGCGACGCACACGAAAAGGAAAACAAGUCGCUCUCACAGCGCUUCAAAGAGAUGCAGCUGGCUGCUGCUGCUGCUGCUGCUGCGGGUGUAGCGGCUGGUGGCGCAGUUCUGACCGCUUCCACUAACGGCAAUCACGAAGGCGCAGGCACCACAGAGAAAGCAGUUGCUGAUGCAUCAGCGUCGUCUUCAUCGACGGAACCCGACUCGUCAACAAAAGAGCUACAAGAUCGCCUCAAUAGUCUGCAGGAAGAAAUGCGCGCGGUCCGCGACUCCGAGUCUAGCAUCCGUACAGACCUCGAGCUGACCAAGCAAAAGUACAAGGAGUCACUCGCCGAAAUAAAUGAUCUCAACUCGCAGCUCACCGAGCUCAAGCUCAAUGGCGGCGUCCCUUCCAGCACGGAACCCGACCCGUUUCAACUCGACAAAGACGCUGGCGAAGACGAGCAGCUCGAGGUGCUUGACUCACAAGGAGACGAAAAUCAGCCUCCACAGAAUCCCAGUCGCAGCAAUAAUUCACAGCAGCGAAGCCUAUCGAGCCGGCGCCCCGGCAGCCUGCUCAUCGAAACCACGAAUCGACAGACGCCCAGUCCAUCCAGCCGCCUCACUCGUCGCUCGUCAGGUUCUUUUUUAGGGUACAACAAGAGCGACGGAACGAGGUCCACGGGCAUCUCACCGCUCGCUCACGGUCGUACUCGAUCGAUCUCGCAGUCUUCGUCGCUGGACUUUGCAUCGGCCUUGCCUCCGCAGCUUUCGCAGACCAGAGGUCCACGACCGCUCUCAUUGACUGGCUCUGUUCCGCCGUCGCCUACGCUCAAAGCCUUCGAAGUAGAUUCGCCGGCCAACUAUGAACGCAAAGUGGCUUCCCUUGAGAAAGAGACGAUGCGUCUGCAGGAGGCUCUCAAGGAUCGCGACGACGAGAUCCAGGCUCUCGAGGUGUCUCUCCGUAGUCAAAGACAGUCAAUGGUGGCAAGUAACGCUGCUUCGCCUUCCAAAGCAGCACUUACAGCUUCCAAGGAAGACGGCAGUGCAGCAAACGCCGUGGACGAGGGACAGACACGCCUUGCCCCUACUCAUGCUGCUGUCAACGGUGGUGAAGCAGACGCACUGACACCUGCCACAGAAGAGGAGCUUGAAGCUAUUCGCCAGGUGAUGGCGAGAGGCGCCCCGGACAACUCCAACACCGACACAAACGGUACCAUGGUGCUCGACAACCUGAUGCGGUCCAUGGCGCGUAAAGAGACCGAGCACCGUGAAAUGGUCGAGUCCAUGUCGACUGAGCUUUCCGCGCUUCGAAAGCAGAACGAGACACUCGAGGCUCUGUCGCGAGACCAGAUGGCCAAUAUGUCGCUCGAGAUCGAGGAAUUGCGAGCCCAGCUCGCAGCCAAGUCUGAACAAACUUCGUCAAAGGAAGCCAGCUCCGGAAGCGUUCGCAGCCUCGCUGAUGAGCUGAAUGCCGUCACGGUCGCCGAGCAAGAUUCAGCCGACAUUGCAAGUGGUGCGGAACUUGAGCGGCUCAAGCAGAAGCACGCAGCCGAGAUCGAAAGCCUCAGGCAAGAGCACCAAUCCAGCCUCGAACAACUGAAACAACUGCACACAGAGACUCUCAGCACGCUUCCGGCUCUCGCAUCGACGAGAUCGAUUCCUGGUGGCUUUGGUGAUGCCGAGGAUGAUCAAGAUCACGCUCAGGAGAUCGAGCAGAUCAACAAGCAACACGAAACUACUCUUUCCCAGGCGUUAGAAGCACAGGCGGCGCGCCAUCAGAGCAUCGUAGCUGAGCACGAGGCGAAAUUGGCCAACCUUGAAGCAGAAUCAAAGCAGAAUUUGCAAGCUGUCAAACAGGACCACGACGCACAGCUGCAAGCUCUGCGAGACAGUCAUGCUAAGGCUCUGGAGCAAGUCAAGGUGGAGCUUGAAGCGCAGCACCUCACGGCACUGUCUGUAGCAACACGUGAAGCUGAAACAGUUGCAGCAGCCAAACACGCGGCAGCGCUUAACGCGCUCCAGAGCGAGCAUUCCAGCACCGCCUCGGAGGCAGAGAAGCAACUGGCCGCUCUUCAAGCAGAACACGGAAGCACUCUGGAACAGCUCAGAGCUCAACAUGCCUCCAAGCUCGAACGGAGCCUGCUGGAUCUGCAGAUUGUCACUGGCGACCGCGACGAGACACGACGUGCGUACGAAGAACUUUACGCCAAGCACCAGGAUUUGCUGGCCAAGAUCGAUAUUGACCCGCACGAGGUUGAGACGCUGCGCGCCGAGCUGAACGAUACGAGCGAUGCACUAGUGACACUCGAAGCUGCGCUAACGGAAGUGCAAGACGAGCGGGAUCAGCUGCUGAUCGAGAUCGAGACGACGCGACAGGAGUCGGAAGCACAGCAGCAGAAUACCUCCAGCGUGGCGAGUGCAAAUUCUCCUCGGAAUGCAGCUACACCCAGUCCUGCAGAUGCCGCACUGAAGCGCGAGCUCGAGUCGCACAAGUCGAUGCUGUCCAAGACUCGUGGUGACAUGUCGAAACUCAAAGCCGAGCUACAGGCGGCAAGAGACGAUUGCGCUCGUCAAGAACAGGCGGUCAAAGAUCUACAGCUGCGUCUGGCGACGUCCGAGACGCGAUCGGUCCGCUCGCACGGCAGUGGAAGUUUCGGACAACAGAGUCAGAGCGAGCACGAUGCUGCGACUGCGGCUGCGGCUGUAGCUUCGUCUCACACAUCGCUCACCAAUGGCACACGUUCAUCGCUUGGCACGCGUCGAACAUCGGACUACGAAGCGUACAGCACGGCGGAUCUUCGACACUCGCGCCCAAGCUUGGGAUCGGUCAAGCCUCCGCCGCCGACCCCCCCGCCCAACAUGCCUCCGCCGCCUACACCGGCUGGUGGCCCGACAGCGGUGCGCUCUUCUGCUGGCCACCGCACAUCCACGUCGUCACUCAUGACGCGUCCCGAUUCGCCAGGUAAUAUGGGCGCGGGACUGAUCACGCGCUCAUCAUCAAUCACCUCUGCUCACUCGCCCGCGAGCCACGUCGCGGCCAACGGACUAGGAGUUGGACCGGACGUCAAGCUCACGCGGCUACUGUCGGAACAAGCCGAGGAAAUUAAGAACCUGGCCAAACAGCUUAAUCACUGCGAAGCCGACCUUCAGGCUAACAUCGAUCUCGUCGCCACGCUCGAAGCUGCGCUCAACGACAGCGAGCGCAAUCUGCGAAAAAGCCGCGUUCAGUUGGCCGAGGUGACACGUGAGAGGGAGAGGUACGCAGAGGAAGCCAACGCGAUGCGCACACAGCUCAACUCGGCACAGUCCGAGGUGGAAAAUGUGCGGAACAGCGUGAUGCUCGAGAAGCAGGGAUAUGAGAGCAAAAUCGAGGAGGAGAGGCAGGCCAAGGAAAGGGCGAGAAAGGCGUUGGAGGCGAGAUUGGAGGAAGUCAGCAAGAGGAAGGGCAACAAGUUGUUCUGCCUGUGA